UCUACAUUGACCAUUCACAGGGAGAAGAAGGUGAAUCCAGCGUCUAAGGGACUUCUCUGUCUGUCUGCUGGCAACCUGAUCGACCAACACCACAUCACCAACGCCCAUAAAGUGGAGAAAUACAGGAAAUGAACGGAGCUGCUAGAAGAAGAACCGUCUUUUUCCGCUAAGUCCGACCGGUUGAAUUGCUCCUGCGCGGUGGUCGUGAUUUUGGAUUGAAGCCUUUUGUUAUCAGUUACAGUUCUCUGAUGUGUAACUGUUCAAGUUAGCUGCUUUAUUACUGGGUAACAAGCUCACUCUGAUUUGGACUCAUUCAACGUUCACUUCACCGAAUUUGUCCUCUGUCCAACCAAAAAAUGUCAACCACAAUCGAUAAAGAAGCUUGCAGAGAGGCUUACGACCAAGUCAGAGACGAUAACACGGACAUCAAUUGGGCUGCUUUCAAAUAUGAAGGCAGUAGGAUUGUGCCUGCAGGACAAGGGCAAGACUAUGAAGACUUCAAGAAGCUGUGCACAGAUGAUUCACGUCUGUUUGGCUUCAUCCGGGUCACGACAGGAGACGCCAUGAGCAAACGAGCGAAGUUCACCCUCAUCACCUGGAUUGGAGAGAACAUUGGCGGCUUGCAGCGGGCCAAGAUCAGCACCGACAAGGCACAAGUGAAAGAGAUCGUGCAGAACUUUGCUAAGGAGUUCAUGUUAAGCGAUAAGAGGGAUCUGGAUGAAGAGUGCAUCCGGGAGGAGCUGAAGAAGGCGGGAGGAGCCAACUAUGACGCUCAGACGGAGUAGAGGAGUGCUGUGGUCCACUGGAAGGGUUGGGUUCUGGUUGCG